AUGAUUACCGCUCUAAUAACCCAUAUUCUCAAUCCCCUGGCUUUUAUCGUACCAGUCCUUCUCGCCGUAGCNUUCCUCACCCUCAUUGAACGAAAAGUACUAGGCUACAUACAACUACGAAAAGGCCCAAAUAUCGUUGGGCCCUACGGACUUCUUCAACCAAUUGCGGACGGGGUAAAAUUAUUNAUUAAAGAGCCUGUCCGACCCUCAACUUCCUCCCCUGUCCUAUUCCUGCUUGCCCCUAUACUUGCCUUAACACUCGCACUAACCCUCUGAGCUCCAAUGCCCCUCCCAUACCCCGUCACUGACCUCAACCUAGGAAUUCUAUUCAUCCUGGCCCUAUCAAGCCUUGCCGUCUACUCUAUUUUAGGCUCAGGCUGAGCAUCUAAUUCUAAAUAUGCCCUUAUCGGGGCCCUGCGGGCCGUAGCCCAAACCAUUUCAUACGAAGUCAGCCUCGGACUCAUUCUUCUAAACGCCAUCAUCUUUACAGGUGGCUUCACNCUACAAACCUUUAACAUCGCCCAAGAAGCAAUUUGACUAAUUAUUCCCGCCUGACCAUUAGCUGCAAUAUGAUACAUUUCUACCCUAGCAGAAACAAACCGGGCACCCUUUGACCUCACCGAAGGAGAAUCAGAACUGGUCUCAGGCUUUAACGUUGAAUAUGCAGGAGGUCCCUUCGCCNUAUUCUUCCUGGCAGAAUAUGCAAAUAUCCUACUCAUGAACACACUCUCCGCCACACUCUUCUUAGGGGCAUCCCACAUCCCAACAAUUCCAGAGCUAACCGCUACCAACCUAAUGAUUAAAGCUGCCCUCCUCUCAAUAGUCUUCCUAUGAGUGCGAGCCUCCUACCCACGAUUCCGAUACGACCAGCUUAUACACCUUAUCUGAAAAAACUUCCUACCCCUGACGCUAGCCCUGGUAAUUUGACAUCUCGCCCUCCCCAUUGCAUUUGCAGGCUUACCACCUCAACUAUAA